GCUGCUGCCCAUGUGCGAAUAAAUAGGCAUUGAUAGACUUUUGUUAAAACAGUUGGACUUGGAGCACACCAUGAACACAUUCGCCUUGGCAAUCGUUUUGCUUUCGGCAUGCUCACCAUCUGCCUCAAGUGAUCCGCUCCUCGUCGAGCUGCCAAAUGGAGAGCUACGUGGGAGCGACAACGGCAUUUACUACAGCUACGAGUCGAUACCCUAUGCACAGCCGCCCAUCAACGACCUGCGCCUAGAGGAUCCACUCCCAUUUACUGACAGAUGGACACAGACCUUUGAUGCCACCACGCCGGCGACUGAGUGUCUGCAAUGGAGUCAAUGGAUCGAUCAGCCGGACAAGUUGACGGGCAGCGAGGACUGUCUGACCGUCAGCAUUUUCAAGCCCAAGAACGCUUCUCGGCAGAGUUUUCCGGUCGUCGCAAGUAUUUUCGGGGGAGCGUGGACCUUCGGCAGUUCUCUCGACGACGGCCCUGAGCACUUCAUGGACAGUGGCAAUGUAAUCGUGGUGAAGAUCAACUAUAGAGUGGGUCCGCUUGGGUUUCUGAGCACCGGCGACAACGUACUUCCUGGUAACUACGGACUCAAGGAUCAGCGCCUCGCGAUCCAAUGGAUUAAGCAGAAUAUCGAUCGAUUCGGCGGAGAUCCAGAGAACAUAAUUCUUCUUGGCUUUGGCGCAGGAGGCGCUGCAGUACAUCUGCAGCUAAUGCACAAGGAUAUGGAGACGUAUGUCAAGGGCGCCAUUUCCAUUAGUGGAGCAGCCACGUCUGCCUUUGCCGUGCAAAGUAGUGGACGUGAGGAUGCAUUUCGGUUCGCCAAAGUCCUGGGCUGUAAAAGAACAAAGUCCUCGUUUGAACUGAAGGAAUGCUUCAAGAGAACAAUGGGCCAUGAGAUCGCUAGUGCCGUUCAGAAAUUGCAAGUCUUUGAGUUUAUACCAUCUGCAGUCUUUAGGCCAGUUAUCGAGUCCCCCGACUUGGAAUAUCCAUUCCUCACCGAAUCCCCCCUUGAGACCAUCAAGAGGGGAGGCGCGGCCCAGGUGCCUUGGUUGGCCAGCUACACCACGCAGAAUGGCAUCUACAACACUGCAAUGCUGCUGGAAAAGGAUAGGAGUGGAAAGGAAUUAAUUUAUGAGCUGAACUCUCGCUGGAAUGAGCUGGCUCCGCACUUUUUUUACUACCCCAACGACAUGAAUAAAUUGCAGCGAAACAUUCAUUCUCGCAAACUAAAGCUGCAGUACCUCGGCCAUAGGAACUUCAGUGUGGAGAACUAUUUCGACGUGCAGCGCAUGUUCACAAAUGAAAUCUUCAGGAACGGCAUCGAGGAGGCCCUAGACGCGCACCGGAAGCAUGGAAGCAGUCCUGUCUAUGCCUAUGUCUACGAUAAUCCAGCUGACAAAUCAGUGGGUCACUUGCUUGCGAAGCGAAUAGACAUCUUCAUGGGCACGGGCUUGGGCGACGAUUACUAUCUGUUGAUGAACCAGCCGAUGCGUGGAGCACUGCGAGCGGAUGAGAAACUGGUCUCUUGGAAGCUCGUCAAGAUGGUCGAAGAGUUCGCCCAGAGCAGGAAGCUGGCCUAUGAUAAUUGCGCAUUCCCAGACAACCGGGGCCAAAAGCAGUUCCAGUUGGUGGUCAUCAAGCGCACUCAUUGCGAGGUUCAGGAGGCGAGACACUUGCCGGAGACCGUGUCUGACCAUUUGCCACCAUCUCCAAUAGUGAAAUCCUAAUUCGAUAUUGAUAAGCCUGUGAAUAAAUUAGACA